CCAUUCAGAAUACAAUUGGGAAAUUUUUAUUUUUGUAAUUAAGGGAAAUUCCUGUAGAACUGCAGCGACUUGUUCAUGGUGGCCAGGUUAGUCUGGAUAUGGAAGACCACCAAGAACAGGAAUACGUGAAGCCUAGACUGCGAUUCAAAGCUUUCAGUGGCGAAGGGCAAAAACUUGGAAGCCUUACGCCUGAAAUAGUCAGCACGCCUUCUUCCCCAGAGGAGGAGGAGAAAUCCAUUCUUAAUGCGCCUGUUCUGAUUGAUGAUUCCAUGCCAGCAACUAAAAUUCAAAUUAGAUUAGCAGAUGGAAGCCGAUUAAUACAAAGAUUUAAUCAAACACACAGGAUUAAGGAUAUUCGAGAUUUCAUUAUCCAGUCCCGUCCAGCAUUUGCAACAACUGAUUUUGUUCUCGUGACCACCUUUCCAAAUAAAGAGCUGACAGAUGAAAGCCUGACACUACAAGAAGCAGAUAUACUUAACACUGUGAUUCUUCAGCAAUUAAAGUAAUCUUACAGUUGUUGGUACAAUAUAGGGAGUGUGCUGUAUUUCAUACAAUAUGUUUCCAAGAGAUGAAAAAAAUGAAAGAUCCGUGUCUUUUUAUUUCCCCACUUCCAUGGAUUGGAUUUUUGGGUUUCGUGUCUU